AUGCGUUACGUUUCGGCUUACUUGCUCGCCGUUCUCGGAGGUAACGCCAACCCAAAGGUUGACGACCUUAAAAACAUCUUGAGCGCUGUCGGAGUUGACACUGAUGCCGAAACUGCCAAGCUUGUUGUCUCCAGACUUCAAGGAAAGACCAUCGAGGAGCUCAUCGCUGAAGGAUCCGCUGGACUCGUUUCCGUUUCCGGAGGAGGAGCCCCAGCCGCCGCUUCAGCUGCCCCAGCUGCCGGAGGAGCUGCCCCAGCCGCCGACAGCAAGCCAGCCAAGAAGGAAGAGCCAAAGGAGGAAUCUGACGAUGAUAUGGGAUUCGGUCUUUUCGAUUGA